UUGUUGUCACUGUCAGGUGGACAUCCCUGCCGGUGGCAGCCCAGAGCUCUGUGGACGCGGCCGGGGAGAAGCCAGUGGCCUGAUGGUGAGGCGAAUAGGCUGGGGGGGGAGCCGGGGGCAGCUGGGGCGGUGGGGAGACCCGGGCUCUGCCUCAGUGCCCCUGCUCCCCAUGCCCCUGCCUCCUCUCCCCCCUCCUCCGGGCCGAGGACCGGGGGGAGGGAGGCUCUCCAUCUUCUCUCUGUCCCCUGCCCCUCACACCAGAAGCGUCCCUCCUUUACUUCCCACUCUGGGGAUCCCAGCCCCCCCCUUCCCGGCGGGGCAGUCCCCAGGGGCUUCUCAGCCUCGCCUCUGCGCCUUGCCUUCCCCAGCCACCCCCCCAAUGCAGGUGAGGCCCACCAGGACACCCCUGUCUUUGCCUCCCACCUGGGGGCCCCCCUCCGCUGGACCCUUGGCCUCGGCGACACCCUCCCCCUCACGCCGAUGCCCCCAGGACCCCCCUGGUUUGCGGAUAGGCCCCCUGAUCCCUGAGCAGGACUAUGAGCGACUGGGGGAUUGUGACCCCGAGGCUGAGGGGUCGCAGGACUCCCCCCUGCAUGGGGAGGAGCAGCAGCCUCUGUUGCACGUGCCUGAAGAACUCCGAGGCUCCUGGCACCACAUCCAGAACCUGGACAGCUUCUUCACCAAGAUCUACAGCUACCACCAGAGGAACGGCUUCGCCUGCAUUCUGCUGGAGGACUUCUUCCAGCUGGGACAAUUCGUCUUCAUCGUCACCUUCACCACCUUCCUCCUCUGCUGCGUGGACUAUACCGUCCUCUUCGCCAACAGUACGGGCCUCCACCACAAAGUCACCCUGUCGGAUGCCAUCUUGCCCUGGACCCAGUGUGCCCAGCGGAUCCGCUCCACCCCCCUGCUGGUGCUGUUGCUGGUCUUGGCUGCUGCCUUCUGGCUGUUCCAGCUGCUCCGCUCCAUCUGCAGUGUCUUCAGCUUCUGGGACAUCCGGGUGUUUUACAAGGAGGCCCUGCACAUCUCAUCGGAGGAGCUCAGCUCGGUGCCCUGGGCCGAGGUGCAGGCGCGCCUGCUGGCGCUGCAGCGGAGCGGGGGCCUGUGCGUGCAGCCGCGGCCGCUGACCGAGCUGGACGUGCACCACCGCAUCCUGCGCUUCACCAACUACCAGGUGGCGCUGGCCAACAAGGGGCUGCUGCCCGGCGCGGGGCCCGGCUGCGUGGCCUUCCUGAGCCGCGGGCUGGCGCUCAACGUGGAGCUGCUGCUGUUCCGCGGCCCCUUCUCGCUCUUCCGCGGCGGCUGGGAGCUGCCCGACGCCUACAAGCGCGGCGAGCUGCGGGGCGCGCUGGCGGCGCGGUGGCGGCGCACAGUGGCGCUGCUGGCGGCCGCCAACCUGGCGCUCAGUCCGCUGGUGCUGGCCUGGCAGCUGCUGCUCGCCUUCUACAGCCAGGUGGAGCCGCUGCGCCGCCGCCCCGACGCGCUGGGCACCCGCCGCUGGUCCCGCCUGGCCCGCCUGCAGCUGCGCCACUUCAACGAGCUGCCGCACGAGCUGCGCGCGCGCCUGGCCCGCGCCUACCGGCCGGCCGCCGCCUUCCUGCGCGCCGCCGCGCCCCCCGCGCCCCUGCGCGCGCUGCUGGCCCGCCAGCUCGUCUUCUUCGCGGGCGCGCUCCUCGCCGUGCUGCUGGCGCUCACCGUCUACGACGAGGACGUGCUGGCCGUGGAGCAUGUGCUGGCGGCCAUGACGACGCUGGGGGUCACGGUCACGGUGGCCAGGUCCUUCAUGCCGGACGAGCAGAGCCAGGGCCGGUCUGCGCAGGCGCUGUUGCAGGCGGCGCUGGCGCACAUGCACUACCUGCCCGAGGAGCCGGGCCCGGCCAGCGAGGCCGCUGCCUACCGCCAGAUGGCGCGCCUGCUGCAGUACCGCGCGGUGUCCCUGCUGGAGGAGCUCCUGUCGCCGCUGCUCACCCCGCUCUUCCUCUUCUUCUGGUUCCGCCCGCGCGCCCUGGAGUUCAUCGACUUUUUCCAUCACUUCACGGUGGACGUGGCCGGCGUGGGCGACAUUUGUUCUUUCGCCCUGAUGGACGUGAAGCGCCACGGCCACCCUCAGUGGCUGUCGGCCGGACAGACAGAGGCCUCGCUGGCCCAGCGUGCAGAGGACGGCAAGACAGAGCUCUCCCUGAUGCGGUUCUCCCUGGCCCACCCCCAGUGGCGCCCCCCGGGGCACAGCUCCAAGUUCCUGGGCCACCUCCGGGGUCGCCUGCAGCAGGAUGCCGCCGCUUGGGGUGCCACCUCGGUCCGCAGCCCCCCCACGCCCGGGGUGCUGAGUGACUCUUCCUCCCCGUUGCCUGAGGCCUUCCUGGCCAACCUCCUGGUGCACCCACUCCUGCCCCCAAGGGACCUGAGCCCCACCACCCCCUGCCCGGCUGCAGCCACGGCCAGCCUCCUGGCCUCCAUUUCCCGAAUCGCCCAGGACCCGAGCUGUGGGUACCCCGGCGGCACUGGGGGCCAGAAGCUGGCCCAGCUGCCCGAGCUGGCCUCUGCUGAGAUGAGCCUGCAUGCCAUCUACCUGCACCAGCUCCAUCAGCAGCAGCAGCAGCCCUGGGGGGAGGCGUCUGCUGCCUCCCUGUCCCGACCCUGGUCCAGCCCCUCACAGACCCUCUCACCUGACGAGGAGAAACCUUCCUGGUCCAGUGACGGCUCCAGCCCUGCCUCCAGCCCCAGACAGCAGUGGCAAGGGCAGAGGACCCAGCAGCCUCUGUUCCCUGGCAGCUUCCAGGAGCCCUCAGAGCCACAGAAGCCAGGCCAGGCCCCUGGCACUGUUUGAGAGGGCCCCCAGGGUAGGCAGGCACUGUUUACCUCUGGGCAGGGUCAGGCAGAUGUGGGAAGCCCGGGUGGGUGAUGGGAUGGCUGUCUCUGGAAGCCCCCUCUACCUCCACUGCUUCCCCAGAGUGUCCCUUCUCCCCACUCCCCAGGUUCUCCGUUUCUCCAGCCACAGGAGAUCAAACAAAGGAAGUCAGAGGACAGGCGAGCCCUCUUCAGAGACCCUCCACCAGGUCCCAGGCCCAAGGAGACUUUUAACUGGGCAGGGCCUGGGGGCCUCGGUGCUGACUGGCCCCGGGGAGCAGAGAAAGUGGAGGAUAGGUGCUGCCAGAAAUACAUGCAAACAGGUUUCAAAGGAGAUGCUUCCCAAGGCAAGGCCACACCCAAACUGCUUGUCCCCAACCUAUUAUUUGGGGGGACAUAGGCCAGGGCCAGGGAAUUGGUGAGGCCAGGAAAGGAGUGGGCUCUCCAGGCUCCCAAGGGACCCGUGCAGGGGUGCUGGGACAGGGCAGUGGAAAGGCACUAGAGAGGGCAGAUGGUUUCGGACUUGGUCACCCUUCUGACGUCUGAGGAAGUGGGCGGGGUCAUCCUGUUCCCAACAAGCAGUCAUGGCUGCUUAAGGCUGUGUCACUUGACCUGUGUCUUUGACCUUGGGGGCCUGGCACACCCCAAGUCUGGCAGCUGAUGUGAUUCUCAAUCAAGAGCAAGGAAACAUCACGGGGGCCUGGGGGUGCUGGAACCCGGAGUCAACAACAUGCCCUGUCCAGGAACUCCACCCCCACCACGUGUGCAUGAGUCAAGAAAAAGCUGUCAUCCUGACUAGUCCACAGGGCUGGGGGGGGGCAGGUUGGAGUCUUGGUAGCUCUUAACAUCUGGACAAGCCUCAUGUCGAAUCUUUAAUAAAUACUUGAAACGG